GAGAGAUAAACAUUGGCCGGUGGCCUCGUCACAAAUCCAAAAUAUCCCAAAAGGAACCGAAAACGAAAACGAAAACUCAUAAAGCCAAAGCCUUUCUUCUUCUUCUUCCGAUUAUUCUAAAAGUUUCGAUUUUGAUUGAUUUUUUUUGUUGUUGAACGGAAAAAGAAUCAGCUCCAUUCACUUUAGGGUUUUGGGUUUCUGUUUUGUCUCUAUCAGAUGAUGUGCGAGGAGAUUCUUCCUCUGUUUGUCUCUGUUUCAGAUGGAAGACAAUGAUAAGUCUCCCCCUAAGGAUUACUAUAAGAUUCUAGAAGUUGAUUACGACGCAACUGAGGAAUUGAUCCGACUCAAUUAUCGGAAGCUUGCUUUGAAGUGGCAUCCUGAUAAGCACAAAGGCGAUAGUGCAGCUACAGAAAAAUUUCAAGAGAUAAAUGAAGCUUAUAAUGCUUCUUCUUCUUUUUUGGCAGUGCUGAUGGACCCUGCUAAACGUUUUGAGUAUGAUUUCACUGGUAUUUAUGAGAUCCACAAGUAUACUUUACGGGAAUAUCUUGCCAGAUUUAAGGGGAUGAUACUCACAUGCAAUGGGCUUGGUAUCAGCCAAUCCUCAUCACCAUGGACACAUCAAUUGGCGGAGACCACCAAACAGCAGACGAGCAAGGAUACUGUAUAAACUGAAGCAGAAGUUAGAAGAGAGCUGUAAAACUGUACAAAACUGGAGCUGUUGCGCUUUUUAUCGCGCAUUGAUGAUAUAGUGAAAUGCUUUAAUUAGGUCUGUUGUAUUGUUUCUUUAUCGAUGUAGAAUUAGAGAAGCUUCUAUUGUCGAUGGCUUCUAUUCAUACAUUCACACAUUGGUGAUGGUUCAAAUCUUUUACUAUACUAUUCUCAUCAUUCAUGGUUUUUCCAGACUUGAAACAUAAAGUGAAUAAUACAAUCUGAAAUGAAGCUUCAAUCUUGGACAUGUA